ACCCCGCUCCUCCAGUAGUCGAGUGUGGUGCUCUGCAGAGCAGCGUGAUGGACUGUGGCAUCCUUCCUGCCAGGAUUGCUUCAGCUGAAUAUUAAAGUCACUCGGAGGGCUCAGGCUCAGGCUCAGCAGGAGGGAGGGAGGAAGGGAGGGAGGCACAGAAAGCCUGCACACUGCAGCUGCUGGGCUGAGGAGCAGAGCACGGAGAGGUGGGGAGGAUUACACAGCAGGUUUGCGGGGAGCAGGAGCCCCAGCCCAAGGGGGGAGCCUUCUUCUGGAGGGGAGGAAGGCUGCUCCAGGGCAAUGGCUGAGCUGCAGAUAGGGAAAGUGGUGCCAAGGGGGCAAAUCCUUGCCCUUCUACUCCUCGGCUUGGCCUGUCUCGGGCUGCCUGUGGGGGCUAAAAGGGGGCCCAAGCUGCCCCCCUGCCCCCGGAGCUGCUCCUGCACCCGUGACACCGCCUUCUGUGUGGACUCCAAGGCAGUGCCUCGCAAUCUGCCCCCCGAGGUCAUUUCCCUGACCAUGGUGAACGCGGCUUUCACGGAGGUCCCCGAAGCAGCCUUUGCCCACAUCCCGCUCCUGCAGUUCCUCUUGCUGAACUCCAACAAGUUCACGCUGAUUGGGGACAAUGCUUUCACCGGCCUUUCGCACCUGCAGUACCUGUUCAUCGAGAACAACGACAUCCUCUCGCUGUCCAAGUUCACCUUCCGGGGGCUGAAGUCCCUGACACACCUAUCCUUGGCCAACAACAACCUGCAGACGCUGCCCAGAGACAUCUUCAAGCCCCUGGACAUCCUCAGUGACCUGGACCUCCGGGGCAAUGCGUUCAUUUGCGACUGCAAGAUCAAGUGGCUGGUGGAGUGGAUGGAGAGCACCAACACCACUGUGCCUGCCAUCUUUUGCAGCAGCCCCGACCGCUUCCAGGGGCAAAAGAUCCGGGACCUGGCGCUCAAGGACUUUGACUGCAUUACAACAGAUUUUGUAGUGCAUCAGGUUCUGCCCUUCCAGUCAGUGUCUGCUGAGCCCUUCAUCUACUCCAGUGACCUCUACAUCACUCUGGCCCAGCCCAGCGCCAGCAGCUGUACUGUGCUCAAAUGGGACUAUGUGGAGCGCAAGCUACGGGACUUUGACCGGAUUCCUGCUCACUCGGCCGUGUACUGCAAACCCAUUGUGGCUCAGUCACAGCUUUACGUGGUGGUGGCCCAGCUCUUCGGCGGCUCUUACAUCUACCGCUGGGACACCAACGUGGAUAAGUUCAUCAAGAUCCAGGACAUCGACAGCCAGACCAUCCGGAAGCCCAAUGACAUUGAGGCCUUCCAGAUUGAUGGUGACUGGUACUUCGUCAUUGCUGACAGCUCCAAGGCUGGCUCCACCAGCCUCUACCGCUGGAACCAGAACGGCUUCUACUCCCACCAGGCUCUGCACCCCUGGCACCGGGACACAGAUGUGGAGUAUCUGGAGAAUGAUGGCAAGCCACGGCUCAUCAUCUCCAGCAGCUCCCAGGCCCCCAUUAUUUACCAGUGGAACAGGUCCCAGAAGCAGUUUGUGCAGCAGGGGGAGGUGACUGAGGUGAUGGACGUGCAGAUGGUGAAGCAUUUCAAGGUCAAGCGGGACAACUACCUGUGCCUGAGCCGCUAUAUCGGGGACUCCAAGGUGGUCAAGUGGGAGGGGCUGCGUUUCACAGAGGUGCAGACCCUGCCCUCACGUGGCUCCAUGGUUAUGCAGCCAUUCACGGUGUCCCAGCGCCAGUACAUGGCCCUGGGCAGCGACUUCUCCUUCACGCACAUCUACCUCUGGGACGAGGAGAAGCAAAAGUUUGUCAAGUUCCAGGAGCUCUCAGUGCAGGCGCCCCGGGCCUUCCACUAUGUCCCCAUCGAGGAGAUUGACCUCCUGCUGGCCCCCAGCUUCAAGGGCAACACGCUGGUCUACAGGCACAUCGUGGUGGAUCUCAGCCUGUAGGAGGUGCCACCGUCACCCACCCUCACCCAGACACUGUGCACGGAAAGUUCUUCCACUUGGGACACCCUGCCCCGAGGGGGAGACUCAGGCUAAGGCUUCCUGCCUGUGCCCACUGCUGCCCCUGGAUGUGGGUGUGCCCAACACAUACACACUCCAGAAGGAGACACACAUCUGGGGAUCCCCAGCACACCUACACACCCCCUUCCAAAGGCAGGCUCACACCCUUGGGCACGUACACACUCAGCACACACCCCAACUGUGCACUCAUACCCAACAAACACAUGUGUGUGCCCCCACAUAUGUGCAUAGUCUUCCCCCCCAAACAAGUGUGCCUCCAUGCACGUGUGUGUGCCAUUGUCUAUGCAGCCAGAAGACACACACACGCUCAACCCCUGUCCCUCAUCCCCCAUCACAGACAGCCUCACAGCCACAGCAUCCCCAUCCCCAGCUCACACAAACACACACACACUUGUGCCCAUGCUCAAGUGUCUGUCCAUUCCCAUGUCUCCCUGUGCACAGGCACCCCAUAUCCUAGGUAUGCCCAUCCCUACGCACACCCAUACCCACUGCUGCACUUGCCCACACCCAUCUGUACCCCACUAUGCACAGUAUUACACAUGGGCUUGUGUACAGUCUGUGAGCAAUGCACAGGCCAUAUUGUCCUUCCACAGGCACAUGUCCAUAGGGGACAUCCCUAUAGACUGCAGACCCUGCUAUCCCCCUCUGCACACAACCAUGUGGCCCUGGUGCUCAGGCUGGGAAGAAGCACCCAACUCUGCAGCUUCUGCUACCCUGGACACAGGCCUCACUCACGCUCAGGAUGCAGAGAUGGAGGUCCAAGCACUGUGCCACGGCUGCUGCCUAUGUCUGCUUGGACCAGUUCGAGGAGUGGUGCAGUGGGAGUGCUCACCCGACCUGUUCCUGUUUGCUGAGUGAGGGCCCCCCAGGCCUUCUCAAAUGCAGUGGAAGUCAAGUUACCCUCUGCAAUCUCCCCACGUGCCUCAGUCGCCCCUUCCUUGCAAUGGGUACAGUAGGGCUCCCUGUCCUCCCUGCUCUGCUGUAAGUACCAAUAAUUACACAUCCUCCCUUUGAAGCACUGGCUCCUGAUUUGUCCCUGCACCUGUUCCCCAUCAGGUUUCCAGAGCAGGGCUUUCUGUCAUGCAUGAUGGGAGGAUGCUGGGCCCUGGAUCUCAGAAUAGAGAGCAGGCCUUGCAGUUGGGAGGCAGCACAGGCAGGCGUGCUCAGGGCAGGGAUGCCUUCAUCACUGCCCCCUCCUCCCUUUACAGCACUGCCUAAGUGUGGUCAUUAGCAGUCUGAGUCUUGUGGGUGCAGUCACUUCCCUGGCCCAGGUCCAGCGAGUAUGAUCUGUAUGAGCUCGAAGGCCAUUUGCCUUCCAGGAACCCCCUGCUCAUGAGUCAUGGCCAUCUGGACAGUGCCUAUGGAGACAGGCUGGCCUCGGCACACUGCUUGCUUGCUUCUCUGAUGUUUGCAGUUGUAUCCCUUGCUUGUACUGUGUGUGCAUAGUCUGGUUACCAGCCAGAGCGUGGACAUCCCAGUGACCCAGGGCACAAGCCUAACACAUUAGUCCAGGGGCAGUGGAGAUUGUCAGGCACACACACAGGGACAUGACGCAGAAGCUGAGUGCAGCAGGCAGAUAUAGAAGGGCAGCUAAAGGGAAAAGGCUCUGGUCCCCUUGGUGGCUGUGUGUAUUUCUACCCAGUUUUUACUGUCUGCGGGGCUCAGGCUAACAGGUGAUGGCUCAGCCUCAAACCAUCUCUUGGGGCCAGCCAUUGGGUUGCAUGCUGCCUUACUCAAGGUACUUUCUCCCCCAGGGUCCACUCUUUAUGGCUCAUCCACAAACGAGCUCUGCAUCUCUCAGAUUGUCUCUGUCCCUGCUCAGCCCGACUAUGCCCAGUAGCUUUGAUCUUGACCGCGAGAAGAGGGGAUGAGGGAAGGAUCAGCUGCACGUGUUAGGUUUUUCAAACAGGUGCUGCUUGAGAUAGGAGAGAAAAGCCUACUGCCAUUGCCUGCUGGGGGAGUUACUUCCUUUAGCUUCUGUGCCAGGACCUGUGCCAGGUUGCAACCCGCUGGUCAUCUUCGUCAGAGGUUACCUUUGCACAGGGGGUACCUGGAAUGACAGGUGGGGGGGAUGAGGACAUCUCAGUGCAAAGACCAAAUCCUGCUCUCUUCCCCUCUGCCUGGUUUGAGACAGCACUGCCCCAGUCUUUCCCUGAAGCCCACAAGGCCCCGUCCUGCUCCAGCAGGGGUGAGCUCCAGCCUGCAGGCCCCCCUGGGAUGGGUGCCAGGACAGAGCGAUGCUGAGGUUCCUUGUUCUCGGCGUGCGGCGACUGGAGAAUCGCCUGUCUGAAGCAGUGAUCAGAGGAGGUUCUUUGGGUAAAUGUGAUCUCUUUUAUUAGACCAACUAAAUAGCUGGAAAAAUUGACUCAGCAAUGAGGUUUUAUCGCCACCUGCUGGGAAGCAGGACAGGGAAGGCGGGCAUGCUCCAGGCACUUCUCUCCGCAUGCCAUCCUCUUACCAGCUCCCUCCUGUUGCCUCUGACUCCCCCACCAGCGUGUUGUUCCAGGCCCUGGGCAGGACACUCACCAUGUUAUAACCGAGAGGUGCGAGCUCGACAGACAUGCUUCCAGUAAUAAACACACUGUGACAUUCCC